AACGGGAGCAUUAGUGCCAGGCAGACACACGGCAAACUUCUGAAAUGCGCAAACAUCUCCGCCCAGCUUGCGUAUGUUGCGUAUGCCUUCACACAUUGUUGAAAAUUAAAUCAUAUGCUGGAUGCUUUAAUGUUUCCAGGUGAUUUUUAGUGAACGAUCGGUUCAUAAUAACCACGUUGGCCAUGUAAUCGCGGACAAAAGGGGACAUUUCAUAGUGGUUGGUGGAAACCGGGAUUUUUUAUCGUCCCCUCAGGCUUUGUUCGGGACUCGGGUCACGCAACUCAAAAUCGGGACUGUACCGGUAGAGCCAGUAUGUCUGGACACCCUAAACGUCCACACUCAAGUGAAAAAGAAAGUGAAUUCCCCAUCAUAAUGUCAACACGAAAGUGUGGGGGGCUACUUCUCUCCGCCAGCGUUCAUUGAUCAGAAACUAACGUGGGAGGUAUUUUCUAAAUCUGUUUCCCUGCCAAAAGAGGGAGGCAAACAUCACGUCGGGACUCUGGACCCUGUCGAAGUAUAUAGCCUCAGUUGUUAACAGUUUUACUAUUAGUCUUCUGGAUAUUCUGGUACCAAUGGCAACUCUUUUCCUCGCGUUGUUGUAUUUCCUAUCAUUUCAAGGUCUCCGCAGCGCGUUCGGGGACCAGCACACAAAGCUGACCGCAACGCAGGGAGAAAUGCUCGUUGUAAAGUGCGGCUGCCUCACACGCGGCCUCCCGGGGGGCACCAACAUCACCUGGACCCAUCACCACCCCUCAGAGAGCCAGCGGCCCCUGUUGCAGAGUCGUGAAGACCCGGACGAGGACGCCCUGAGGGACCCCAGCGGGCACUUGGUGGUGCUGAGUGCGUCCGUGGAGAGGCAGGGCAACUACUCCUGCUCCCCGUGGAAUUCCAACGCAACCUGCUGGUACACUUUGACUGUGAGCCCGACCAGACAGGAGGAGGUCCCUGUUACAAAAACCUGCUAUAAUGGGUUAUCCUGCAAACUGAAACAUUUCUGCCCGAGGGAUUUGGUUAUCCCAUCACUUGAACACAACAACACAAAAGUGUGGCAACAGGACAAGGAUACCCAGGGGGACUCCUCUAACGGCUAUUUCGAAAAAGUGGCGGAGAAAGAUGAGGGCGUCUACACCUGCCGCCGGUCAUAUCAGUAUCGCGGACGAUUGUAUAACCAUACCAGCACCGUGAUGCUCAAGGUCAAAAAGACAGCGGAUUCAAUCCCCCGCAUCUGGUCCCCCAAACCAGGGACGGUGUACCCGGUACAGUUAGGUAAGACUUCUCACAAACCAGGGACGGUGUACCCGGUACAGUUAGGUGCUCACAAACCAGGGACGGUGUACCCGGUACAGUUAGGUUCCCAGCUGGUGGUGCCCUGUGAGGUGGAGGUUUACAACAUGUUUGAUAGUUCGUACUGGUUAGACGGGAAAUCGUUUGUGAAGGACGACCAGAAUCAGUCAGUUUACUCUAACAAGACAAUAAAGGUGGGCGAGAAGGGGGAACGAAAGAUCACUACGUCUCUGGUCUUCCAGAAGGUUACAGCGGACCAACUUUCAAGGACUUACACCUGUAAGGUGGAGUCCACAAAAAAGUACUCCAACGUCUCCAUCACUCUGGCUCUGAAAGAUGUGCCGGUCUCCAGUCUCAGGGUGGCCCUCCUGGCUGUGCUCUUCGCCAUGCUAGCAGUGGUCUCCUCCGGCCUGGUCUUCUACUGGUGUAGAGUCCCCUUCACCCUCUUACUGAGGGACAAGCUCGACUGCCAUAGCAACGCCUCAGAUGGGAAGCUCUACGACGCGUACCUGAUGACCUAUCCGAGCCAAACGGAGACUGCCCUCAGCGAGGAGGACCGGAGGUGGAUGGAGAACGUUCUGGAAGAACAGCUGGGGUACCGCCUGUGUCUCCAGGAUCGGGAUGUGUCUCCAGGGGAAGCCGUGGCGGAUGCAGUGAUGCGGUGCAUCCUGCAGAGCCGUCGGGUGGUGCUACUGCCCAGCGCUGAGGACCAGCCCGCCCUGUGCUACGGCCUGCCCAGCGCCAUCCACUCUGCCCUGGUGGACAAGAAGAGCCGCCUGCUGCUCAUCCGGACCAAGACCCCCCGGAAGGUCUCGGUGGAGCAGCCAGAGGAGGGGGGCUCCAGAGCCUUACCCGAGUCCCUGAGACUGUUGACUAAGGCUGGGAGCUCCGUCACCUGGGGGGGACCCUGCUCUCGGCCUCUCUCCUCGUCCUUCUGGAAGAAACUACGAUACCACCUGCCCGCCCCGCGCAAGCUGAAGGCCAUGCAUAGCGCUUUUGACUCAGUGUGCUAACCCUGGUUAGCAUGGUUUGCAGACUCAGUGUUCUAACGCCAGUAAGCAUCUGGCUAACCCUGUUAGGUAUAGUAUAGAACUGUAGCCUCAGUGUGCUAACCCUGGUUAGCAUAGUAUGCAGACUCAUGCCGUGUUCCAAUACCCCUACUAUCCGUACUUACUAGCCAAAUUUUGAGUACGUAGUACGUUCCAAUUCAGAUCCGGCGAAAAUAAGUAUACUUCAAGGACCCGGAUGUCGCACUCAAAACGGGCUAAUCGUGAAGUGUGGAUCGAAGGACACUUUCCGUAUUCAACGGCAGCCAUCUUAGCUACGUAGUGGAAGAGGCGGAGCCAGGCUGAGCCAAAGUCGGCCCAUUUUCCACAUAGCCUGCAUUAAUAGUGUCAUUUUGUAGUUUUUAUAGUUUUUAUAGCUUUUUAUAGCUGCUAGUUCACCGUUCAAAGCGGGAUGUUUAUUGCGGGGGAGGAGCCGCAGCAGCAGUCGUGGUCGUAAUUUCCGGUUAGUGCACCACGGAGUACUCGGUUUGGAACAGCACUCACAUCUGAAAAAUUAACGUACUCGUACUCACGGAUAGUAUACUUCCUUUAAGUAUACUCAUGGAAGUACGGGUAUUGGAACACGGUAACAGUGUUCUUACGCCAGUAAGCAUAGGCUAAAGCUUUUAAGUAUAGAACUGUGGCCUCAAUGUGCCAACCCUGGUUACCAUGUGCUAACCCUGGAUAGCAGUGUAUGCAGAAUCAGUGUUCUAACGCCAGUAAGCAUAGGCUAACCCUGUUGAGUAUAGAACUGUGGCCUCAGGGUGCACUCACACUAGGCCAUCUGGCCGUGGCCGUUGGCCGUUGGCCGUUUUCACACCUUAACCCUGCUCAACUGGCCCCAUUGUUCUCUGGCCUGCAUUCAUACUAGGCCAUCUGGCUGUGGCCGUUGGCCGUCGCAACUGUGGCCUGGCCACGGUAGGCUCUUGUACAUACGUCAUCACGUCGUAACACGUCAUCACCAAGCGUCCGCUGCAUGGACCAUAAAAAAGUCUGCCGCCAGUCAGAGUUUUAACAACAAUGGACAACAACACAGAGAACACAGUUCGCACUUUGCUGAGUCUGUUGCUUAUUUGGAGCCGUUCUCGGAUAGAGCGCACUCUAGUUCACACUCACUAGUUGAACCGCUUGACGCCAUGUUUACCGUUUAAUGGGAAAGAAGCAUAGGCUAACCCUAGGUAUAGAACUGUAGCCCCAUUGGGCUAACCCUGGUUAGCACAGCAUUCUAGACUUAGGGCCCUAUUUUAACGGUCUGAAAUGCAAGUGGGAAGCGCAAAGCGCAAGUAGCUUUGUGGGCGGUUCUACGGCGCUAUCGCUAUUUUACAGGCGGAUAAAUGACACUUGCGUCGCGGCGCAAGUGUCAAAAGGGUUGGUCUGAAGCAGCCUAGUUACCCGUAGGUGUGGUUUGGGCGUAACAUCCAACAAACCAAUGAGAGUGCCAGUUCCCAUCCCCUUUAAGAGCCAUGAGCGCAUUUGAAUCGGAUGAGUUGAUAUUUUGACAGCGCGUCUGCAGUCUCCGAUGAGACAGAUGCACAUGAAUUUCAAACUGCAAAUGGCUCAGUUUAUUGCCAAAUAAUAUGGCCUAAUUCACACAUGGAAUAAGGGGUUUUCUUCCACAACUCAAAUAAAUUUCGGCAAAGAAAACGUAUAUGAUAUAACAUAUGAUAUGCGGUAACUGUGGUUCUAUUUAAUGAUAUACGCAAUAUAUUAUAAACAUUGUUUCUUAUCAGUAUUGUAUGCUAUCCUAAUAUGCAUGUGUCCCCGCGGUAAUAGACAUUGCCAUUAAUUGUAUUAUGCGUUACGUGUUUAGUUUGCGUGUGUUUAAACAGAGCACACACGAGCGCCCGCAUUCAUUCAUUCUUUUUAAAACUCACUCGCGGUAAAACAAUGUUUUUCACGAUCAAAUACUCAUCAAUCCUAAAAGUUAUGGGCAUGUAGGCCUACACGAUGUCUCUGUCAAGAAAAUAUGUGUUUGCUGUACGGUGUUUGCAGAUGCAUUGAUUUAAAAGUACAACUUAUUACCGCUGCAUCAGCUGUUCUUUCCCAAAUAAUUUACCAAGAAUGUGCGGCUAGGUAGAUGGGAGAAGCAAAGUGUAUGCGCGAGGUGCACAAGCAAUCCGUAUGCAUCGCAUGCGCAUGUAUGCAUGCGCCCUUAAAAUAGCAUCUGAACCACUGACUUUAAACCAGCUAUUUCCUGGUCAGUAGCGCAAUGGUAUUCAGAAACGGCAAAAUACCGUUACGCCAGAUACGCCAGAACACGCCUCCUCCUUCCGCCGAACCGCCCCUUGGGGCGCAUGAUCAAUCCCUAAUUUACCGGCGAGUGGCGGUGGUGGGAAAAGAACGCUCUGCGCCAGUUGUUAACUAGCAACGACACAUGCGCCAGUGACUAAGUCACUUGCGCCGGAUGCAAGAUAGGGCCCUUGAAGUUAGCAUACUUUGGUUUGCGGCACUGUAGUCUCAGUGUACUAAUACUGGUUAGCGCAUUGUGUUGUGCAUUGUGUUUUUGAUUUAUUUUAUUUUACCUUUAUUUAACCAGGCAGAUCAAGAACAAGUUCUUAUUUACAGUGAUGGUCUGACAAAAAGCACAAGCUUAUGGGGGGGGGGGGAGGGGGAAGAGGCAGUGAGAAAGGAUAGGUUAGAGAGGCGAUAGCACACAAACACAGCUGUAAAGACAUACAACAAGGCAGCAACAGGACCCUACAGGGUUAACAUGCUGUUACUCAGACAUAUAAAAAGCACGAGCUUAGAACAGGAUUACAUAAACAAGGCAGAAUAGCAAGAAUAAACUCAUAUCAAAAUAACAAUUGUGAAAACGUAAAAACAUAAAAAACAUAAACAUAAAAACAGGUGUUAUGACAAAUUUUGUGUGUACGUUAUAUGUGUAAGUUAUUCGUUGUGUAUCAUAGUCAUCAUAUAUAUCCUCUGGUUUGAUUUGAAUUGGCCCUUGCUUGAGACCUGGAAUAAAUGACUUGAGCCACAUAUCUGUUAUGUCUUAUUUUGUAUAUAAUUAUUUUGGUCUUUUAUUAUUUUUGGUUUAUCCAUACUUCCAUGUUACCAGAUAUGGAUGUUUGAGGCUGAUCUAGGUUAUUGUGGAAAUGUUGCUAAAAUAUUAGGCAGGUGAAAAGAUGAAUGUUAUAUAUUAUAGUAUUGAGUGCAAUUGAACCACACCUCUGUAAGGGACACCAUAUAUGCUCCAAAUCACAGAUUGAUUGUUGGAGAUAUACCUAUUUCCUGUUGCAUUUGGGCCAAUAUGUUUG